AAUUAGCAUGGAUUCUGGCUGGGCGUAGACAGGAAACCCAACGAAGAAGUACCGAGGUGUCCAAUUGAUCUUGUUCUACGACAUCACGCGCCACAACAAUGGCCUCUCUUCUGGCGAACGGAAUCUCUCGCUUUUCUCUGCAACCACCCAUAGAUUCUCCCAAGCUACCAAAAGGGUUUCAUCCCAAACCCGAAAACUUGAAGCUUCCGCCGCAGAAAACCCUAAUCCCGACCGCGACGAGAAUCGUCAGGGUUCGAGCUGAUGUCGGGUUCGAAUCUCGGACUGUCGGGACCGAAUCAGAAUCGGCUUCACCAGGUAAAUCCUCUGCAGGAACAGCGCUUAACUCGAGCGAUAAGCUUCAGCAGUAUUUCCAGAAUCUAGACUAUGAUAAGAAAUACGGCUUCGUCGAGGAAAUCGAUUCGUUUACGAUUCCCAAAGGGUUGUCUGAGGUUACAAUCGGUUCCAUAUCGAAACUGAAAGAGGAACCCGAUUGGAUGCUGGAUUUUAGGCUCAAAGCUUAUGAGAAAUUCAUGAAAAUGAAAGAGCCCAGAUGGUCGGAUAAUCGUUACCCACCCAUCAAUUUCCAGGACAUCUGUUAUUACUCCGCCCCGAAAAAGAAUCCGACUUUGAAUAGCUUAGAUGAAGCUGAUCCGAAGCUUCUAGAGUAUUUCGAUAAAUUGGGUGUCCCUUUGACAGAGCAGAAGCGUUUGGCUAAUGUAGCGGUUGAUGCAGUUCUUGAUAGCGUUUCCAUUGCAACCACUCAUAGAAAGACAUUAGAGAAAGCAGGUGUGAUCUUCUGUCCGAUAUCCGAGGCUGUUAGAGAAUACCCAGAUUUGGUAAAGAAGUAUCUAGGAAGGGUUGUCCCUAGUGAUGACAAUUACUACGCUGCUUUAAACUCUGCGGUUUUCAGCGAUGGGUCCUUCUGUUAUAUACCCAAAAACACCAAGUGUCCAAUGCCUAUCUCGACCUAUUUCCGGAUCAAUGCUCUGGAAACGGGUCAGUUUGAGAGGACUCUGAUCGUUGCGGAUGAGGGGAGCUUUGUCGAGUAUCUGGAAGGAUGCACUGCUCCUUCAUAUGAUCGAAACCAGCUACAUGCUGCUGUGGUGGAGCUGUAUUGUGCUGAGGGGGCAGAGAUCAAGUACUCGACCGUGCAGAAUUGGUAUGCUGGGGACGAGGAAGGGAGAGGUGGGGUUUACAAUUUUGUCACGAAGCGUGGGCUUUGUGCCGGAGCUCGCUCAAAGAUCUCGUGGACACAGGUGGAGACGGGCUCAGCAAUAACUUGGAAGUACCCGAGCGUGGUUUUGGAAGGUGAUGAUACAGUGGGGGAGUUCUACUCUGUUGCUCUGACAAACAACUAUCAGCAGGCUGAUACGGGCACAAAGAUGAUCCACAAGGGAAAAAACACGAGAAGCAGGAUCAUAUCAAAGGGUAUUUCUGCUGGAAAUUCUCGGAACUGUUAUCGGGGGCUUGUUCAGGUCCAGUCAAAGGCUGAGAAUGCCAAGAACACCUCAACUUGUGACUCAAUGCUCAUCGGUGACAAUGCAGCUGCCAACACAUACCCUUACAUCCAGGUGAAGAAUCCAACAGCGAGGGUAGAACAUGAAGCGAGCACAUCGAAGAUAGGAGAAGAUCAGCUGUUCUAUUUCCAGCAGAGAGGGAUCGAUCACGAGAAAGCUUUAGCCGCCAUGAUCUCCGGAUUCUGCAGUGACGUCUUCAAUGAGCUCCCUCAGGAGUUUGGAGCUGAAGUCAAUCAGCUUAUGAGCAUCAAGCUCGAGGGAUCCGUCGGUUAAUAAUAAUAAUCUUCAACUUCAAGAAACAUAACCAUCCAUCUCUGUGUAUUAAAAUAAAAUCUUUCAUCUUCCCGUCCAUUAUUCUGACAGUGUAAUCUUUGUAAAGCUCUUAAGAACCGAUGUUACGUUCAUAAAUUGUUUUGAGUUUGCCUUUGUAGUUGAAUCUUUGUCCAAAAAACAAUAAUAAAUAAUAGUGUUUCUUGAGUGA